AGUGGGUGGUGGUAAGGGCCACGUGACUCUCAUGCAACUAGCCGGCUUGGUGAGCGAGUCGCACGCCGGUACGGAAGCCGGGAACCAAGAUGGAGGAGUACGCGCGUGAGCCUUGCCCCUGGAGAAUAGUGGAUGAUUGUGGUGGUGCCUUCACAAUGGGAGCCAUAGGUGGUGGCAUUUUUCAAGCUAUCAAAGGAUUCAGAAAUUCCCCAGUGGGUGUUAAUUAUCGUUUGCGGGGUAGUUUGACAGCUAUUAAAACCAGAGCACCACCGUUGGGAGGUAGCUUUGCUGUCUGGGGUGGUCUCUUCUCCAUGAUUGACUGUAGUAUGGUGAAAGCAAGAGGAAAAGAAGAUCCUUGGAACUCCAUCACCAGUGGCGCUUUAACUGGAGCCAUUUUAGCUGCAAGAAAUGGGCCAAUUGCCAUGGUUGGAUCAGCAGCUAUGGGAGGAAUUCUUCUGGCUUUAAUUGAAGGAGCAGGUAUCCUGUUAACAAGGUUUGCGUCUGCACAAUUUCCAAAUGGCCCUCAGUUUUCAGAUGACCCAUCUCAGUUGCAACCCUCACCAUUUGGGGACUAUAGACAGUAUCAAUGAUUUCUUGUGUUCUUCUGUCUUGUGUUAUACAACAAGUUGUCACCCUUAAGGACAAGCAAGAUGCAGCAUCAUUUGAAGACUUUUCAUUGGAUGUGUAAACCUUGAUUUUCUGUAAUUUCACAAUAUUUAAAAGAUAAUUAUUAAUAGUAGAAUUAUAUUAUUGUAAAGUGGCUCUGAA